GCGGGAGGACACACCGAGGACACGGUAUUGACCAUGAAUAUGUUAACACCAUCAGUUUUUGCUCUUUUGAUCAUCUGUUUCUUGCCUCUAAUGUCGGCGACGGUUGUUCAAGAUUUUAAUCACGUAGAGAGAUGCAAGGACUCCCUGUACAUGGGGACGCCACCACGGGGGAUCAUUGAAACAAAACUGAAAAAGAUCUGCCAACGCUACGCAGACAAACCUCGUUAUGUGACCCUGUAUGACCCUCACAAGCGGAUCCCAGUUUACUCGGCUUAUACCUUCAAGAAAACAGAGGGAGACAGACGUGUGGACUACCCUUGGAUGUAUGAGCCACAGCUGGCAGAGAUCGAUGGAAAUGGAAACAUGCUGCCCUUCCCCACUGGUUACCUGCACAUGAAGUUUGAGGACAGCCAAGCAGUCCUGGAUGACUACUCUGACGUGGUUCUCUACGAGAGAGGUCACCUGAACCCCGACCAGCACCAGUCCACCCCUCACGACCGCGCUGCCACUUACACCCUGACCAAUGUGGUCCCGGAGAUACGAGAGUUCAACAUCGGGCCUUGGCGUGAGUAUGAGGAGCGGAUCCGAGUCCGUCUCAACAACUUCUGCCGUGGUACCGCCUUCAUUGUCACCGGAGUGACCACCAGGGGCAACAUGAUUCGUCGCAACAACCAGGACCGUGUGGCCAUCCCUGAGGACGUGUGGUCCGCUUACUGCUGCACCGACUACGACCGCAACGCGCCCCACGACGUGCGCAUCCGGUUCCCAUCCCACGCAGCCUUGGCCAAAAACGCCAAAGAGGGCAACAGCGUUCAUGAAAUGCCAGUGCAGGAACUUGAGAUCUUUCUGAAAAAUAAUAUGGAUGUUGACCAGAACCUUCAGCUCUUUUAUGAUAACUGCAUCUCUCCCUCCCCCCUUCCUCUCUACCUGCAACACACCAUUUGAAAGCUCUCCCAGUCAUACCUUCUGUGUACAUGUGGGUUUUGAUUUUCAUGAAUAAUAGUAGAUAGUUGUGUUUGUUUGCAAAAGAUUAGAUCUGAUACAGUUGGGGAAGAAUUUUCUUUGGUGGUGAUUUAAAAACGUUACUUGUAGCUCAAUUUGGUGUCUUAAAAAGUUCUUGAUAGUCCUAGAAGAACUUAAAUGUUCUUUCUCAUUUGAGAUUCUCUUGAUGAAUGUUGUCUUUCAUUUCAUUUCAGAUUUAAUUCUGGAAAAGAUAAUGACACAUAUUUGAUAGGAGAGGUACGUUGUCGGAAGAAGAAAUAUAAUCCAAAUGUGUGGCAGGUUAUGGAAAUUGGCUCAUUUAAUAAAAUAUCUUAAUU